UAGUUGUCAGUCUGGCAACGCUGUACAAAGAAAUCGAGAGUCAAAAGUAGAAUUGCGCCUUGAUGGCGGACAGCACAACAGAUUCAACGCCGCUGCCCAGGCGCCGUUUGGGUUUGAGGUUACACAAAGGAGCUAAAACGACACCUGGCAAUCGUUUUUAUGCACCACAGGUGGCUACAACGCCGCUCAGUGCGGACAACACCAAUAAUUCGGAAACCCCGCGUGCAAGUCAACCAGUAAAACUCAAAGCCAAUUCUACAAAUUGCCGGCGUCUCGGUUUAACCCGACGUCGCCCUGAUUUAAGCAAGAAGCGACUGGAAUUUAUAGUUACCCAAGACAAUGCUGCUGUUAUCGAGGAGCAAACAAGUCCACAAAAACUGGAAUGGCGACAUCGCAAAAUACUCGAACUCGAGGCAGACAUCGAGACAUGGAAAAGUGGCUUCAAUGCAGCCAUUAAUGACUUACAGGCUUUAGUUCCUAAUCCUGUAACAAAGGAGAAGCUAUUGACGGAGUUAAAGCUGCCACUGGAACUGCUGCAGUACUUAGAGGAAGACUGAAGAGACAAUUAGAAAUAUAACUAGCAGUAAAAUGUAUUUUCCACUACGUUCAAAACAAUUAAACAAACAUUCUCAA